UUGUCGGUUGAUAACGCGAUGCGACGGCACUGUGCGCACGUGCGCUGCGCCGCUCUAGCGAAUAACUAUAAUUUAUAAGUUUAUAAGUUCAACUUAUAAGUGCGGUGUGCCGGAUGACUUUUGGGCGUGUGUUUAUUUUUUUUAAUAACGUUCUAGUGUUGUUGCGUGUGAAGGAUUGCUUUUGUGAUUUUUGAUGACAAGGAUAUUUUACUGACUUCUAUCCAAGUGCGAAUUUUUGGCUUGAAAUAAGCUCAGAAGGAUACGUUCGUGUGGUUCUCCGUUAUACGAGUUUUAAAACCCCGCCGCCAAGCUGUCUACCGCAAAUGAGAUUAAAGCCAUUUACCACGUGGAUGCGCUAAUAGGUCGGUGGCGCACGAGCCCGAUGAGCGCGUGCGCAGCGGCCGCCAUGCGCGAAAAGCACGCGGCGCCGCGCCGCCUCGCCUCCCCGCCCACCUCGCCGCACGACCAUGUCUCCAGCCCUCUCGGCUCGCCGCGCGCCGACGAGCCACUCGACCUCCGGGUCACCCACAAGCGCCCGCAGCGUCUCGAAGAUGAGAACUGCAACCUCAUCACGCCCUCGCCGCCACCGCACCCUACGCACCCGGCUCACCCGGCCCAUCCGGCCCUGCUCCAGUUCUGCCGACGGUUGCCUCUGGCGCUGCCGGCGCCUUUCGGCCGCUACCCAUUCUUGCCGGCUGCAGCGGCAACCCUGCUCGCCCCAGGCGCUCCUCGUGCACCACCAGUACCCGCCAGCCCCGGUGCACCGAGAGCACGGGAUCGCUACACGUGCUCGUACUGCGGAAAGGCCUUUCCGCGCAGCGCUAAUCUAACUCGGCACCUAAGAACGCAUACCGGGGAGCAGCCUUACCGCUGUAAAUACUGUGAACGCUCGUUCUCAAUAUCGUCCAACCUACAACGGCACGUAAGAAAUAUCCAUAAUAAGGAACGGCCGUUUAGAUGUCGUCACUGCGACCGCUGCUUUGGUCAGCAAACUAAUCUCGACAGGCAUCUUAAAAAGCACGAAGCUGAAAAUGGCGACGAUAACCGUCGGAGAUCACCUGACGAGACGUACUUUGAAGAGAUCAGGUCAUUUAUGGGACGAGUGGCCCCGGCGCGCCGCGUCGCCGCCGCCGCUAACGCCGCCGACCACACCUGAUAGUGGACCAAUAUUAUCCACCUUUUACUAUAAUCUGGUCGAAACAUCCAAAUGACUCUUGUGUAUACUUUACUGAACUUUUGUUGGUGUGUGUGUGUUGUAUC